GAUUACCUCGCCAUGCUCACCCAUCCAAACACACCUCCGCACCGCCUAGACCUCGAAGUGAACGCAACAUGCGCAGUGCAACGAAAUAUGUCAAUAGAGAAGGGGUUAGUACGAAAUGCGCGCGUGCGCAUCCCUGCUCUCCAUCAACGGUAA